AUGGCCAUGUUUGAUCGCAGAUAUGAGAAGCUGCAGAUCCUGGGAAGCGGCGCCUAUGGCACCGCGCUGCUGGUGCGUGAGCGCACAGGGGGUGGCACAAAGUAUGUCGCGAAGGAGAUUAACGCGGCACACUUGGGCGAGAAGGAGCGUCAGCUGGCCUUGGCAGAAGCAGAUGUUUUGCGGCGGGUGUGUCACGCGAACAUCAUCCGCUACGUCGAGUCCUUCAUGGAGGGCCCAAAGCUGUACAUCGUCAUGGAGUACGCGGACAACGGGGACCUGGCGACGCAGAUCAAGCGCCGUAGCGAUGCGCAAGGACGCUUCACGGAGGAUCAGAUCAUGCACAUCCAUCUGCAGCUCAUCCUCGCGCUCUCGCACAUCCACGACUGCAAGAUCCUACACCGGGAUCUGAAGCCCCUUAACAUCUUCCUGACGCGGCGCUGGAUCGUGAAGCUCGGGGACUUCGGAAUCUCCAAGGUGCUGGAGAGUACGACUGCCGGAGCCCAGACCACGAUCGGCACGCCUCUGUACUUGGCUCCGGAGAUUUGCAAUGGAGACAGCUACGGCGUCAAAAGCGACCUCUGGGCGCUUGGCGUCGUCACCUACGAGCUCGCGGCCUUACAGGUACCCUUCCAGGCAACGUCCAUGGUGGCCCUCAUCAUGAAGGUCUGCUCCGCGGAGCCAGCGCCGCUUCCGGCGGUCUACUCGCAGCAUCUGGCGGAGAUCGUCUCGGGACUCCUCGA